AUCUGACCCCUCAAUCAUCGUCUAGGGCACCAUUUCCAUUAUCUUCCGUAUUAUCUGAAUCCGCUCGUUCCAAUGUAAGCAGAAGAAAGGCUGUGAUUUUCCUGGCUUUUGGCGCUCUACCAACCGAGCUACACCUCCAGCCUCUAAGUAUGCUUUUGGGUAAACGGAAGAACCGCGGGGCACGAAAGGCGAACGUGGCCGGAGGGCGCAGCAGCGGAGAUCAGCCCCGAAGGCUGCAGUCUGCGGUUCGCGCGAAUGGGAGGCGGACCCGGCCACGCGUCCGCCACCAGUCUUUGUUUUCUAGCUUCUUCGCGAUCCCGCCCUCCCACUUCCGGGCACGGAAGCCACUUCACACCUGCGGGGUUCCCACCUGGACCACGCCUACCGGGCCGUCCCCCACCCGGGCGCGAACAGCGCAGCACAGAACACCCGGGGACCUGACCUAUUUCAAGGCUGCGCGUCUUCGGGUCAGUUCGCGACCUAGCCGCAGGCAUGCGCAGUGGGCAGAGCCCGGGCGGGAAACGGGGCCGCGCCCGCCUCUGAUUUGCUGCUGCAGCGGACUCCCGCCCACCGGGGCACAGCGCUGGCUGCUGAUUGGGUGUGGCCGCAGAGGCCGGACGAGGCCGCACGGCGAGGGCGGGCCGGCGGGAAACAGCCCGGCGAGUGCGGGGUCGCGAGGUGUUGUCGCCACAGCUGUGGAGAGGCAGCGCGAUGGCGGUGCAGCCCAAGGAGACGCUGCAGCUGGAGAGCGCGGCCGAGGUCGGCUUCGUGCGUUUCUUCCAGGCCAUGCCGGAGAAGCCGGCCACCACGGUGCGCCUGUUCGACCGCGGCGACUUCUACACGGCGCACGGCGAGGACGCGCUGCUGGCGGCCCGCGAGGUGUUCAAGACGCAGGGCGUGAUCAAGUGCCUGGGGCCGGCAGGAGCGAAGACUCUGCAGAGCGUUGUGCUCAGCAAAAUGAACUUUGAGUCUUUCGUAAAAGAUCUUCUUCUGGUUCAUCAGUAUCGAGUUGAAGUGUAUAAGAAUAAAGCUGGAAGUAAGGCAUCCAAGGAAAAUGAUUGGUAUUUGGCAUUCAAGGUA